CUCGGCAGCAGCUGCCCGUGAGCAAGCUGGGAGCGGGAGAGCCACACAGGCAGUGCCAUCCUGCUGGAGCCUGCGGUCCUCCCCCGACUCUGCGUGGCAGUGCGCAUCAUCUGUCAGAGUACCCCUCUCCCCUCCCUCUGAUUCCCCACCCCCUCCCCUGCCGCUCACUUGCUCUUUCCCUUUUCAUGAGAUGCAGAGCCUGGAGAGGAGCGGAGCCGGAGGGAGCAGCAUGUUGCAGCCGCUCUUCUAGGGGCGCUGGGUGAAGUGGGCCACCCUCUGCCACCCUCUCCCAGGUGCCAGGAAGAGGUGGCUGACUGUCACUCAGGGCCUCACCGAGCCAUGCCCAGCUGGGGCCCGCACCAGCCACACCUUCCCAGCUGCGCUGCCCACCGCCAGGCAGAGCGCCUUAACCCGCAGCCUCUCUGACCAUCCAGUUGGCAAAGACCCGCAGGCCAUGAGGACUGGCCAAAGACAGUGAGAGGACGUGCAAGGGUCAAUUCCUGAGCCCCGCAGUCUUAUUUCCUGCCCUGACGUCCCUGCAAACCAGCCCAAGGGUUAACCGUAAGCGGAUGCCUGUAUGGCGGCCUUACUGAUGCCACGCAGGAACAAAGGGAUGAGGACUCGACUGGGAUGCCUGUCUCACAAGUCAGACUCGUGUAGUGAUUUCACAGCUAUUCUUCCAGACAAACCCAACCGCGCUCUCAAGAGAUUAUCCACAGAAGAAGCUACGAGGUGGGCAGAUUCCUUUGAUGUGCUUCUCUCUCAUAAGUUAGAGACGGUAUUUUACCACGUUGACCGGGCUGGUCUCGAAUUCCCGACCUCAGGUGAUCGACCCGCCUUGACCUCCCAACGUGCUAGGAUUACUGAUGUGAGCCACCACACCCAGCCGAGAAUGGGGUUUUCAAGAGGAUGUGGAGAUGGGGUGGCUGCAUUCCGUGCCUUCUUGAAGACGGAGUUCAGUGAAGAGAACCUGGAGUUCUGGUUGGCCUGUGAGGAGUUCAAGAAGACCAGGUCAACUGCAAAACUGGUCUCCAAGGCCCAUAGGAUCUUUGAGGAAUUUGUGGAUGUGCAGGCUCCACGGGAGGUAAACAUCGACUUCCAGACCCGAGAAGCCACGAGGAAGAACAUGCAGGAGCCGUCCCUGACUUGCUUUGACCAAGCCCAGGGAAAAGUACACAGCCUCAUGGAGAAAGACUCUUACCCCAGGUUCCUGAGGUCCAAAAUGUACUUAGAUCUGCUGUCCCAAAGCCAGAGGAGGCUCAGUUAGACCUCAGAAGGACACUCCUGGAAAUCACUGGCUUUCCCCUCCGCUUGCUGCCACGAUCAUACUGUAAUGUGAAAUGUCAUAGGUGUUCAAAAGUGGUGGUGUUCGGGGUGGGAGGCUGGGGUGAGGAGGGAAUGAAGGGCCGUUCCAAAGUAUGACCCAGCUGCCAGAGCUUGGACUCUUUUCCAUUUACCCACAUUUGUGUUUUGGUUAGUGGUAGCACCUUGCCGCUGUUGCCCUUUUCUGGGUCAGCAACUUGCCCUUCAUAAUGCCUUGGGUCAGCUCCGCUGAGAGGGCAGAUUUGCUGUGCUAGGCUAAUCUGUAAAUAAUGCAAAUGCGAUUCCCACCACCCGUGCACCCUCCUCAGUUAGGAUUCCUGACUCUCCACUUGUAAAUCCCCGGGAGGAACAGCUGAACGACUUAGUCUCACCUCUGUGAUUUGCUGUCACAUUGUUGUGGCCAGCCCUGCUCACUGGGACCUCACAGCUUAGGAGAGAGGUUUCUGUGGGAUCCCAGGUUUCUAGUGCUGUUAUUGACAGGUGACCUCUCGGAGAAGGAGUGAAAUCCAUGGAGUUGUUUGUUUCUUCUGUUUCCAUUGGACCAGUGUGAAAAAUUGUGAUCACUUCCCAUCUUGGCCUAGGAAAUUCACAAGACUACCCUACCCUUACAUUUCCAGAAAGAGUCUUGGGAGAUGUUCUUCAUGACUUCUGAAGUGGAACUGCCAUUAAGAAAGAUACAGCUUGCAAGUUUUCCUCAAUUCUACCAAGAACUUUUCCAGAAGUCAAGAGACCAGGGAAUGUAGCCCCAGUAGACUUCUAUUCGGAGGGGGUACUGUAUAACCUGUGUGUUGCUCCGUGUAUUCUCUGCCCUCACCUCUCUGCAGCAUCACACAUCACUGAUCUCUUAGGAUGACAGCUUGGCAAAGGGAGGUGAAUUUCUAUAGCAUGGAGUGCUCCCACGGUGCCUAAUACUUUCCCUGUAUCUCCACCUCUCCACUCCCAUGACAGUCAUGUAAUUAUGAUGGGGGAGAACGGGAAUUUAGGCUGAAACUGUUUCCAGCAUGCUUCCUGGGAACAUGCUUUCUUAGAAAGUUCUCUCUCUCUCUCUCAGCUGCCAUGAAGCAGCUUCUUUCUUGAUCUUUUACCUUUCGGAAUUAAGCAUGAAAUAGGAGGUAUGGCUAAGAAGAUCACUGAACAUCUGGACGUGGAGAACCUUCCUGAGAUGCUUUCAUGGUACCCUGCAGCUCCUCUUGGAAAUGUGUCAGGCAACCCUUCCUUGGAGGAUGAGGGUGCAGCCUGGAACCUACUCUAGCUGCCAGGAAAAAGCAGACUUUGGCACAAGAGUAGUGCCAAGGAGAUGAACCUUUAGCAGAGAGAUCAGAAAAUGAAAGGGGGGCAUGGAAGAGGCUGGUUUCCAGGUGGAGAGGAUAUCAGAGUGGAGUUACUGUUGGGAUAAUUCAAGAUCAGUGAAUUUGGAUUCACUGCAGACCAACACAACUUUCAGCUCAACUAAAUGGAGUAGCACAUAAUUAGCCAUAAGCUCUGGAGUGCAGGCGAUUGAGAACUGGGCUGAUCCCUUCUCCUUUGAAGGGGCAAGGGGCCUUUUAAGAUUAUGCUGGUGGUGGUCUAGUGCUUGUGUCCCUCUCCAAUAACUUUGAGAAUCUCUUCCUUUUUAGCUAUAGCUAGACCAGGCCAAGAAGGCCCUGGAGUCCCAGUAGCGUUAGGUCCCUCUGCACUGCCAUGGCACACGGUUAUCUGUGACUGAGGGUAGGCGCGACUGUGAACCUCAAGGGGAGAGAAGAACAUAUAUGUCCUAGCCCUCACACUGAAGAGACCUGUGGAAUUUCAUGUUCGAGGACUCCAGUGCCUCAAAUGGAUGUUCCUAGUUAGAGCAGGUAGUAUCCUUCCAACCCUGGUUUUAAAAAAAAAUCAUUCUUUCUUAGAUAAAGCUGCCAGAAUUAAUUUAAUGAUUAAAUUCUCUAACAGGGUAUUUUAAACAUUGUUUACAUAUGAAAUGUGCAUCUGCUGCCAACUCCACUGUCGAAUAUGAGGUGCAUAUAAAUUGGAACUGCAGAGUUAUAGAAAUGUGAAGCAUUUGAAAAGGGGCCUUUUCACCACUUUCACUAUCCCAAGGAGAAAAGCCUGAACAAGCAUGUUGUGUGAUGGCCUCAUAGAGGGGCCUAGAGUUCUUGCCAACUAUUGAUGAAACAAAGGCUGCAGAUGGUGGUGUCACGGUGCCCUGGUGACUUCCUCCCACAAUGGGGAGGUGCGAAAGACCCAGCGUGGGUAUCCUGAAUUCCGCAGCUGAGCAAGGGUAUGUGGGUGUGUGUCCAUGUGUAGAGGAACGUGAUAGCUGAAUGUAUGGUUCUCCUGUGAAGCAUCUCUAUGUGUUUGCGUGUGUGUGUGACAAUCGUGAGCAUUAGACUAGUACACGGCAGACAUGAUCUUCCCGUGGGGUGGAGCUUUCCUCAUACCCUGUAUGCCCUGCUUCCCACAAGAGGCGCGGAGAUCUUCACUCUGACGCCCACUUUUAGGCACUCUGGUCAUGCCAACCCAGAUUUUGGUCUGUGAUAAAAGAAAGAGUAAUGUUUACAACAUCUAGAGCAAUAUCCAAGCAUACCUCAUCCCUGGGCUUCCAUGUUCUCAGUCCUGCCCUCUCUCUCCCAUUUCCUCUUCCACAGGCUCAUGGCCGUGGGUAUCACUUUCAUUUAUUUCUUGUCUUCCUUUGCUCCUCAAGCCGGGCCUGUGCUGUGGACUUGCCUUCUGGACUUGAGGCUUGCUCGGUCCUGGGCCUGUGCAAGUUCCAGGCAGGCCAGGGCAGGAGUCCAGGCAGAGCUGUGACUUCUAGAAUUGCUCUUCAUCCCCUCGUGACCUUUGGUCCCACUGGGGGGCUAACUUGUUUGGGGGCUGCUGCGAGAUUUGUCACUGCCCUUGGCAAACGAAAUAGAAUACUGUCAAUAUCAACCAUUCAUGGCCUUGGGCACCUCUGGGGCGAGGAAGAAUGCUCUGAGGCAAUCUUUCUCAUUAAACUCGAGCAUGCACAGGAGUCACCUGGAAAGCCUGUAACACGUGCACACCCAGGUGCACACCCAGAGAGGCUGAUCUGAUAGACCUGAGAUGGGGCCCAGAAAUCUCUAUUUUUAAUGAGUUUCCAGGUGGCUACUGGCUUGUGGACUUGGAAAAAAGAUGGUCUUAGACAGUGGUGCGUGACCUUGGCUGCUCCUUAGAAUCAUCUGGAGAGUUUUUAAAACCAAGAUGUCUGGGUCCCACCUCAGGACAGCCAAAUCAGAAGCUCUUGGUAGAGACCCAGGCAUCAGUCUUUUUUAAAGCUCCACAGGUGAUUCCAAUGGGCAGCAUUGGUCUAAGGAGUGAGGAGGAGCACAGCCGGGGGGAAAAGCAGCUGUGUGGGCCACGGGGGCUGGCGCAUCUCCAGAUGCAAGCAGUAGAUAACCAGGAACCUGGCCAGCCCUGGAGCCUCACUCAGGAUGGCUGCCUCUAUGCCCUCUGGGUCUGACUUGCUCCUUUGAGAUAAAGGUGUUUUGGCCCAAGGUGUGCAUUGCUGGGCAGCUGCCAUGCCGAAGGUGGCAGCCAGACGGGCCCUUGAUUGAAGGGCGCUCUGUCAUGCUUUCUGAGCCUUGCCUCCUCCAAGCUCGCCUCCUGGGCCGUUUCCCCUGUCUGUUUUCCUGUGCCCCUGUGUUUGGCCAUUUUGUGUUAGGCUGUGCCUCUGUACCCAAGGCCACGCGAGAAGGUAGUUGGAACCCCCACUCAGGCUGUGAGUGAAGUGUGUCUUAGUAGUGACAAUAGUAGUAACACAACUUCCAAAUUUCUCAGUGGAAAAUUUCACGUCCUGGGGAUAUCAAGAUCUGUGAGGCCUCUCCAAGACCUCACCAUUCCCUCUUCGGUACCAGGUUGGGUGGGCAGCUGGGAAGGUCCUAGUUGAUUUUAGUCUCCGGUGCUCUCCCCAGAACUGCUGCUCUGAAUAAACCAAAGCUGUGAAAGAGCAUUCUGCACAGGCUGCAGGCCUGGCCUCUGGGUGCAGGACCUGGGCGCUUGACCUGCGCAGCUCAGCUGGCUCUGCUGUGAGGGAAAGCUGUGAAGUUACUGUGCUGAGAGCUGGGGGAGGGUGGAAUGGGGAAGACUGAAGAGGAAGGAGCAGGUGGGAGAGACCAGCCACUAACAUGGUGUCUGCUUCUCCAUGCACCAGAGGAGAAGGGAGGAGAAACAAAUGCAGAGGCAAGAUGGUCUCCCAGCGACGACAGCGUCCAGACCCUGUCUGUGCCACUUCCACGUAAGGCGGAGGUAUUGUGGUCUUCCAUCCCAGGCCGCCCUCCACUCUGCCAAGUGUCAGGCCUCUUUAAAUCUGCAUCCCUCUGGGUUAGAAGCCACUCGGCAUGAGAUGGUGGAGGAAGACACCAAGAGCAGAGAUGCCUUCCUGCCCCUGUGGCCUCUCGGGACUCCGAAAGAUGCUGCGGACCUAGAUGGGAGACUUCAGGAUGGGGCCACUGGCCUUCCUAGGUUGGGCUCUGGGUCGUUUCAAUAAACGGUUUCUCGAUGUUUACUCCCUUCGGGUCCUUCCACUCCCUUCCCUCUGCCAGGUGUGGGAAAGGUGGCUGGGCUCUGUGUGCACUCCAACCCCAUAGCAUUAGCUGAGUCACGCGGCAAGCACAACAGAUUUGUAGCAGCUCAUCUGCCGUUAUCAACUGCUUGGCUGAUGGAGUCCUCACUGAGUUGUUUCAUUACUGUGUAAAGUGGAACAAUGUCAUUCACCUUUACUAUAAACAAGGCUGUGAGACCAUAAUAAACAGAACCUGAACAAGC